UUCUCUUUUCCCUAAAAUUUACAAAAAAAAAACAAUAAAUAUAAAUUAAAAGAGUGGUGAAGAAGGAAAGUUUUCCUUUACCUUCUUCACCCGAGAAUUUCUUCUUCAUCAAUGGCUACUCCACAGUUACAAACCUCUGGAAUGCUGUCUAGAGAACAAUUAAUUUAUCUCUUCAAUCGCUUCGCUUUCCUCACCUCUCAGCCUGAUGUGAAGAAAAGGGUAGCUGAUGCUGUGAAGGACAACAAGGAAGCUGUUGCUGUUACCACUGCAAUUCAGGAAGAGAUAUUGCUUGAGAUGGGUGUUGAUCCGAGAUUUGGUAUUGCUUGCCUGGGGAAGGUGAAUAUGACUUAUGAGAAUGAUCAGGAUUUGAUGAUAAAAUUAUACGAGUUUAUUGCAAAUGAAGAGGUAGUCUGUGAUGAAGCUGAGCUUGGACCAGACGAAUUUGCUGAAAGAAUGCAUAACCAACAUAUAGUACAGGAACAGCAACUGGAGAUGCUGAAAUACAUGCGUAAAUUUCACUUGGAUGACCAAUCUGCAAUCCUUGAGAAGGUACGCCAGCAGAUGGAAGAUGCCAAUUUUGACAAUGCAGCAUCGGUUUUGUCCUCAGAGCAAAUUCAGGAGAUCGUUCGAAGGCGGGUAUCACCUUUAUUUAUGCCAAGAUAGAUUAAAGCCUGUUUCCUUUGAUCUAGUUUUAUGUAAUCCUAUAUAUUAUAUGUUACUACUUAAGCGGAAAGGAAAUUGCAAUGUGAAUCAAGUUUUUCAGUAUUUAAUUAACUAAAUGAAUGGCUUAAGUUCUUAUU